CUCAUAUCAAUGUGGGGAAGUAGGGUGGAAAGGGUGAAUCUUCUGCUGCACUGCAGAAAGAAGUUUGAUGAAAACAAUCAUGGCGGAGCUCAACAUGCAAGAUGUUGAUUUGUACGAAUUGUUGGGAAUUUCCUCAACUGCAACGAUAGCCGAGGUCAAGAGGGGGUACAGGAAGAAGGCCCUCACAUGCCAUCCAGACAAGAACCCCGACAACCCUCGUGCUGCAGAGCUAUUUCAUCAGUUGUCAAAAGCUCUAGAAAUUCUUAUAGAUGAGUCUGCCAGGGCUGCCUAUGAUAAAGUUCUUAAUGGUAAAAAAGCUGCAAAGUUGCGACAUAGAGAACUAGAUGAAAAGAGGAAGAAACUUAAAGAAGAUCUUGAAGCAAGAGAAAAAGUGGCAUCUGAAACUGUUGUUCCUGGCAAAAAAUUGGACACUAGAACUGAUGAAGAAAAGUUGCAAGCAGAAAUUGAAAGACUGCGGAAAGAAGGCUCUCGCCAAGUCGAGGAAGAAGUUGAGUUGGUCCGUCAACAAUUAUUACAAGAUAUCAAAGCUGCAGCAACAGAAGAGCCUCAAAAUAACGGUUUAAAUCGUUUGCGAAUAAGAUGGAGAGCAAACAAGGAAGAUCCUAAUAAUGGUGGUUACCCAUACGACACUCUCCUGAAAAUCAUGUCCAAGUAUGGUGAUAUUGUGGCUUUAGUGGUAUCACCCAAGAAAAAUGGUAGCGCUUUAGUUGAGUUUAAGACCAAAGAUGCUGCAGAUACUGCAUUCUCGCUGGAGAAGGGUUUCCUCACAAAUCCAUUAACUAUGGAAAGAUUAGGUGAAGCAUCAAAAUCAAGUUCGCAAGAGGCAGACCCUGCCAAUUUUUCAAAACCUACGGAUUCAACUAAAUCAGAUGACAUUAGGAGUGGAGUUCCUGCUGCUACCUUGUUUCCAAACAUAGUACAACCCGCCACUCAUUUAUCAGGCACCAUGCCAAACUUCGCCUCUGCUCCUGACUUCUCACAGCUGCUGUAUGCAAACUACUUGGGGCAGCACCUUCGCUACCAACACUCGUUGCCAAGCCCUGCCCACUCCUUCCAGGCGCAGCACGCCCAAAUGAUGCUGCCUGGAACAGUAAUGAUGCCUGGGAUGUCGGGAAUGACGGGUAUGACUGGCAUGACGGGUAUGACUUCCGUCAUGGGCUACGGACAUGUGCCCCAGUAUCCAGGGUAUGGCAACCACUUAAUCGGGCUGCCAAGCUACGCCGGCUAUCCUGGCUGGCCCACUGCGGGAGCCCACGCCACAGUGGCUGGCUCUCGUGCAGCCUCCCUGGCCACGGGGAUGCCUGUACUGCGAAGUCAACUGCCGACUCUACCCACCCUACCAAAUUCCCUCCCCUCAAUGGCGACAUCAGCACCAAUAUUUUACCCUCAGCUUUUUUCUGGACUUCCAGCCAUCAUACCAAGAUAAUGGCUUGGUUGCACAGUGACUCUAAGUUGUCGGUUUUAAAUGAUAAUGUCAUUUUCUUUUGUUUUUCUUUUCUCUGCGGGUGUGUGUUAUGUUCUGCAUUUGGUAUGUCAGUUGGACUUGCAAGUUGUCUUUGGUCAAUUUCGGCAGGCUCUUAUUUGAGCUGUCAAUUGUUGUGUUCUGUUGUACUAGUCAUCAGUCCACUUUGAAAUCAAUUAAGCAGUUACAGGA